AUGUCUCACAGCGAACCCUACUACCUUGCCGGCAUAAAAGCGGACUUUCACGGCGUGCUGGCUCUGAUGUGGAGCUCCACGGCGCCGCUGGCACACUACACCUUCCCCUGCUCGCCGCGCACUCGCGAUGCCUACGUCCUGCUGACGGGCACGCUUGCCGCUCUGUGCGCCGCGGCGACGACGAGGCCGAACCUGGGCGCCGUGCAUCUGGGUCACCACCGCGCCGCGCUGUUUGCCACGUUUGGCGCUGCGGCGUUUGUGUUGCCGAUCGGGCAUGGUGCUUUGGUGUUUGGGGCUGGUGUAGAGUGGGCGCGGGUCGGUGGCCCGUGGAUACUGGCGACGGCUGGGUGUAAUGCGUUGGCGGUCUUGGUAUACUGGGCCAAGGUUAGAAUUCGUUUCCUGCACCUGACAAAGUGA